ACCUUUUUUAUUCCGUCAUUUUAAUCUACCGAAUCUCAUGUUAAUUCGAGUCCAUUGGGCAUCCCUUACAUAAACGAUAUGUCCAGUCAUCAAACUUGAGAGACCACAAAAGGCUUAAAACAUGAACAGGACACUGGUCUCACGCACCGUGCCAUGUUUCGCCGCUUCCCGACAUCAACUCCCACUCGUACGACACUCCGCCGCAGACCGGACCCUUCUCUCACCACAUGCGCUUCUCUCUCUCCCUCCCCCGUUUCCUCGCCAAAGGGGUCUCCUUUCAUCUUCAACUCUCAGAAUCCAACUGAAGAACUUCUGAACCCAUCUCGCCCUCUUUCAAUCCCAUUGAAGAGAUUGGUCGAUGACUGCAGAACGCCUCAAACCCAUGUCGGUAGUGCCCCAAUCUCUUGGCCUGGCAGUUCGACUUUUAACUCCCAAGUUCAUGAUCACUUGGUCGCCAAGUACCAGGGUUCUUCGUGCUCUAAAGAUGCUAAAGAGCUGCACUUGCAGAUGUUCAAGACUGGGUUUAAUGGGAAUCUUUUCUUGGGAAAUACCCUCAUCAAUAUUUACGUCAAAAGUGGAGAUCUCGGCUCUGCACUCAAGGUGUUUGAUGAAAUGCCCAACAGAAACUCCGUCACAUGGGCUUGCUUGGUUUCAGGGUCCGUGCAAAAUCGCAGCCCCUAUAAGGCGUGCACACUUUUUAAAGACAUGAUCUUUGAAGGUUUCUCGCCAAACCAUUACGUUUUCGGCAGUGUCCUCAGGGCAUGCCAGGAGUUUGGCUCUGAUGGGCUCAAAUUCGGGAUGCAGGUGCACGGACGCAUCUCGAAGUCCUGUUAUGCAGGGGACGUUGUGGUUUCGAAUGUGCUGAUAUCGAUGUAUGGGGGUUGUUCGGGCUCCACAGAUGAUGCUCUUUCUGCGUUUUAUGAGAUAAAGUUGAGGAACUCUAUAUCGUGGAACUCAAUGAUAUCAAUUUUUUCUCAAAGAGGUGAUGUAGAAACUGCAUUCGAACUGUUCUCGUGCAUGCAGAGAGAUUGUGGUUGUGGGUAUGGUUUGAAGCCCAGUGAGUACACAUUUGGCACCUUAAUCACGGCAACCUAUUCUUCUGGUCGUUCGGGAUUGCAUUUGCUUGAACAGAUACUUGGACGGGUUGAGAAGUCUGGUUUUCUAAGCGAUCUUUAUGUUGGCAGUGCUCUAGUGAGCGGCCUUGCGAGGUUUGGGUUGACGGAUUAUGCCAAAGAUCUCUUUCAGCAAAUGAGCAUGAGGAAUGCGAUCACGAUGAAUGGAUUGAUGGUCGGAUUGACAAGGCAGAAGCGAGGAGAAGAAGCGACUGAAGUUUUCAUGGAGACAAGAGAUUCUGUUGAUAUGAAUAUCGAGUCAUUUGUUGUUCUUCUCAGCGCGUGUGCUGAGUUUUCUGCUCCAGAUGAAGGGAAGAAAAAAGGAAGAGAAGUACAUGCCUACUUUAUCAGAGCUGGCUUAAUUGAUGCUAAGGUUGCUCUUGGAAAUGGGUUAAUAAAUAUGUAUGCAAAAUGUGGUUCUAUCGAUGAAGCUAGAUCAGUUUUCACCUUAAUGAUCAAUAAGGAUUUGGUCUCGUGGAAUUCCCUGAUCUCUGGGUUUGACCAGAAUGAGUGUUUUGAAAGUUCAGGCAUGAGCUACCAUGAAAUGAGGAGAACUGGUCUGUUCCCUGGGAACUUCACCCUGAUUAGUACUCUGAGUUCGUGUGCUAGUUUAGGGUGGAUUCGACUGGGUCAGCAGAUCCAAGCAGAAGGCCUCAAGUUGGGACUUGAUUUAGAUGUAUCAGUUUCAAAUGCUCUUCUUGCUCUAUAUGCUGAAACCGGGCACAUUGCAGAGUGUCAGAGACUCUUCACAUUGAUGGCUGAGCAUGAUCAAGUUUCAUGGAAUUCCAUGAUUGGAGCAUUGGCUGAUUCCGAGCUAGAAGUUUCCAAAGCAGUAGAGUACUUCUCGAACAUGAUGCAAGCAGGAUGGAAUCCUAACCGAAUAACCUUCAUGAACAUUCUCUCAGCAAUUUCUUCCUUAUCAUUCCGUGAGCUUGGACACCAAAUCCACGCUUUAGUGCUAAAACACGAUAUUGGGAAAGACACCGCAAUUGAGAAUGCUCUCUUGGCCUGUUAUGGGAAGUGUGGAGAGCUGGACCCAUGUGAGAAGAUCUUCUCGAGAAUGCACGAGAGGAGGGAUGAUGUGAGUUGGAAUUCUAUGGUGUCAGGAUACAUACACAAUGAGUUCUUGACUAAGGCGAUGGACUUGGUCUGGUUCAUGCUGCAAAGGGGCCAGAGAUUGGACUCUUUCACUUUUGCAACAGUCCUUAGUGCUUGUGCCUCAGUCGCAACACUGGAACGUGGUAUGGAGGUUCAUGCUUGUGGGACACGGUCUUGCUUGGAAUCAGAUGUCGUAGUUGGCAGCGCUUUGGUUGACAUGUACGCGAAGUGCGGGAGAAUAGACUACGCAUCCCGGUUCUUUGAACUGAUGCCUGUGAGAAAUGUUUACUCCUGGAAUUCCAUGAUAUCGGGCUAUGCCCGUCACGGGCUGGGGGUGAAAGCUCUAGAACUCUUUAUGACAAUGAAGCUAAGUGGGCAAGCACCAGAUCAUGUCACCUUCAUUGGAGUUCUAUCAGCUUGUAGCCAUGUUGGCUUCGUGGACGAAGGCUUCCGGCAUUUUAAGUCCAUGACUGAGGAAUUUGGGUUGGUCCCAAGGAUGGAGCACUACUCAUGUAUGGUGGAUCUACUAGGUCGGGCAGGCAAGCUCAACAAGAUCGAGGAUUUCAUCAAUAGCAUGCCAAUGAAGCCCAAUGUGCUUAUUUGGCGGACAGUGUUAGGAGCCUUUGGCCGAGCAAAUGGUCGGAAUCAUAAAUCUGAGUUGGGGCAAAGGGCUGCUCAGAUGCUCCUGCAGUUGGAGCCACAGAACGCAGUGAAUUAUGUUCUCCUCUCGAAUAUGUAUGCUUCGGGGGAGAAGUGGGAGGACAUGGCGAGGGCCCGAAAGGCGAUGAGGCAGGCCCAGGUUAAGAAAGAAGCAGGCUGCAGUUGGGUCACGAUGAAGGAUGGAGUUCAUGUUUUUGUGGCUGGGGACAAAUCACACCCGGAGAGAGACGUAAUCUAUGAGAAAUUAAAAGAACUAAAUGCGAAAAUGCGGGAUAUGGGUUAUGUUCCCGAGACGAGGUUCGCUCUCUAUGACCUCGACUUGGAAAACAAGGAAGAGCUGCUAAGCUAUCACAGCGAGAAGAUAGCUGUAGCAUUUGUGCUCACCAGGAAAUCAGAAAUGCCGAUCAGGAUCAUGAAGAAUCUUCGGGUAUGUGGGGACUGUCACGUUGCCUUCAAGUAUAUAUCGAAGAUAGUUCGUAGAAAGAUAGUGCUGAGAGAUUUGAACAGGUUUCAUCAUUUCGAAGAUGGGGAGUGUUCGUGUCGAGAUUAUUGGUGAAUUGAUUCGAUAAGGAGGUUUUGGAUAAAUUUGACUGUUCAAUGAGAAGUUAUCAGUCGCAUCUCAGUUCGCUUAAAAAAUGGUAAGCUAUGGUUAGAUCGGCUUAUUA